UGUCCAAAGGUGUUCACUCACAGAUCAGCACUGAAUGUUCACACAAGAAUUCAUACUGGUGUCCGACCAUAUACCUGUCAAAUCUGUGGAAGAGGUUUUACAGAUAACUCCACUUACGUCAAGCAUCAAAGAAUCCACACCAACGAGAAACCAUACAGUUGUGAUAUUUGUUGUAAGUCUUUUAGUCAAUCUGGAAAUCUAACUCGCCAUAAGAAGACUCAC